AUGCAUCUUCGCGGCCUUCUCACCACUGUAUCUCUUUCCCUCGGCCUAUCCUCAGCCGUUGUGAUACCACAAUCCUCCACUCAGUUCGUCACGACAGACAAUUUUCUCAAUGUCACAAAGCGUCAAGGGUCCUCAAUCCCAUAUGGACUCAUCAUCACCCACUGCAAUGUCCCAAACACAGUUGCACUGACCUUCGACGAUGGACCAUUCAUCUACACUGGACAGAUUUUGGACACUCUUUCCAAACACGGUGCCCGCGCAACGUUUUUCCUGAAUGGCGUCAACAAAGGCAACAUCGAUUCGUCCCACGAGUUAGUACAACGUACUUUGGCCGAAGGACAUCAGCUUGGUUCCCACACAUGGGGCCAUCUCUCCCUCGACACCCUAAGCUACAACGAAAUCAUCACCCAAAUGACCGACCUUGAAGACGCCUUCAUGCGCAUCUUGGGCAUCUUUCCAACCUACAUGCGUGCUCCCUACCUGAUGGUCACAGCGGACGUGCUGAAUGCCAUGACGGCCCUCGAGUACCAUGUCAUCGGAGCCAGUAUCGACACGAAGGACUACGAGAAUGAUCAUCCCGAUGAUAGCUGGCGCAGCUUCGAGAAAUUCCGGGCGGAGUUGGAUGCUGGCGGGACUAUUGUACUUGCACAUGAUAGCCACCAGACCACCGUGGAGAUUUUGGUAGAUAAUAUGUUGGCGGAGAUUGCAUUGCGAGGGCAUGAGACUGUUACUGUUGGCGAGUGUCUUGCGGACCCUCCUGAGUACUGGUACCGUACGAGCCGGUAG